UGACGGAUUUAAACGUCACGUCAUUAAGUAACGUGAGGCCACAGCAAGAUGGCGGCCCCCUUCAGGGUAGUUGCUAGCACGUUAUUGUGCGGUCCUUGUCGUUUACUUCAUGCAAGACUGAGAAGCCGAAUUGUUGUGUCGAGUCCAAGUUGUGCAAUUUCACUCCAGCGUACCUAUAGCGAUGGUUCCGAGGACAAAAGUACGCAUUUUGGGUUCGAGACAGUUCCCGAAGGACAGAAAGCGGAGAGAGUAUACAAAGUUUUCGAGAGCGUGGCUCAGAAAUAUGACGUAAUGAACGACGCCAUGAGCUUGGGGAUCCACCGACUAUGGAAGGACUCCCUUUUGCACAUCAUGAACCCCCAGCCGGGAGCUUGCUUGCUGGACACUGCUGGGGGUACAGGUGACAUCUCCUUCCGUUUCCUGGACUACGUGCGCUCCCAGCGUGGCCGGCAGGACCGGCACGCGGCGCGGUCCAAUCAGACGCUCUCCUGGCAGCAGAUCACUGACAGCUACGCGUCCGCCGAGCCGGGACAGGGGGAGUCGAGGGCGGUGGUGUGCGACAUCAACAAGGAGAUGCUGAAAGUGGGGAAACAGAAAGCGGAGGAGCUGGGCUACGGCACAGAUUUGUCCUGGGUUGUGGGGGACGCAGAGGAACUGCCUUUUGAUGACGACCUAUUUGACGUGUACACCAUAGCUUUCGGGAUCCGCAACGUCACUCACAUCGAACAGGCUCUGCAGGAAGCCCAUCGGGUCCUUAAGCCGGGCGGCAGGUUCAUGUGUCUGGAGUUCAGCAGAGUUUCGAACCCCCUGCUGUCCAGUCUCUACGAUGCCUACAGCUUCCAGGUGAUCCCGGUGCUCGGCGAGGUCAUCGCGGGAGACUGGAAGUCCUACCAGUACCUGGUGGAGAGCAUCCGGCGCUUUCCAGACCAGGAAACAUUCAAAGGAAUGAUUGAGGAUGCUGGAUUCUUCCGGGUCCAGUACUUUAACCUAACAGGUGGAGUGGUGGCCAUCCACUCUGGCUUCAAACUCUGAACGGUGCCCCCACAAACCCCCACCCCCUUUCCUACAAUCCGUUGGCAGAAUGAGGAUCAGCUGACAAGGCCUACCUGUAGCCUGGGAACAGACUGUCUCCGCCCUCAGAGGGGAGGAGCGCCAACCCACCAAUCGUGUGACAGAGUAGAAUUUCCUGGGGAACCUGUAGUGGCCCACGAAGAAGAAAAGUGCGGGAACUACGAAGUUCAGCCAGGAGCAUGCACUUUCGUUCUGUAGUAACGUGUGGGAUUUUGGUGCUCAAUAAAAAUAUUUAACUGUUGUUCUGAAAGGUCAGGGCUGCGCAGACAGGUCUGGUGUGUUUUGGGAGCUCGCUAGAGUUCCUUCUCUUUACUGUAUAACAUUUAUUUCAGCUGAUGCUGUAGCAUAAAGUUAUAAGAUAAAGCCACAGGGUGAACAUUCAUCCCUGACGGAAAUGUAUCGCUGUACUCUCACGUGAGCGUGAACCAGCACUGGUUUUGGCAGGCUACACAUUCAGAAAUGAAGCCAGAAUAAUUGGUUGGCAUAAAAACACACUGGCCCUUCAGGACUGGAGUCACGAUGGAGGUUAUUGAGAAUCCUUUUUUCUUUGUGUGUAUGAAAUACACUGGAGGACAAAAAUAAAUACAAAAAAAAGUAUUUGUCGAUUUAUAUUAAUCUAGUGCAGUGGCAACCAACCGUGUUCCUUGAGAUCUUCCAUCCUGUAGGCUUUCAU